CAUCGUCUUUCCACGGACUGUUGUGUGUGUAACACACGGUGCUACCUUGAAAUUAGUUUGUUAUUGUGACAGUACUAUAGCAUUUAAUUAAGUUAAUCGUAUUUGUAGAGUGAUCAAGAGCGGCUCGAACCGCUUGCGUGUGGCUGAGUGUUGGCAGGAGCUGCGCGAAACAUCCGCAGUUACAAACGUUUUCAACCUUGGCUUUUGAUCUCGGUGCUGCGGAGGGACUGACCAAAGCUCACGGCAGACGCAGAUAUGCGCACGUUGCUCCACAAAACCGAAAAAGCAUCGCCGAGGAUUUGAGUAUUUAUUCGUUAAACCCCGGUCGACGACGAGAUGAACUUUAAACUCCUGUUCACUGAGCUAAAGCUGGUCACUUCAGGAAGAAGCAGGUGGAGAGGUCGAUUUCAUCAUGGUGUGUGUGGACGUGGAAAGGCGUGUUUUUCCACGUUUCCGCCUAAGGUGUGUGUAGUCGGAAGCGGCCCAGCCGGUUUCUACACGGCGCAGCAACUCGUCAAGGCUCGUCAAGAUGUUGAAGUCGACAUUUACGAGCGCCUGCCUGUCCCGUUUGGCCUCGUCAGGUUUGGGGUUGCCCCUGAUCAUCCUGAAGUCAAGAACGUCAUCAACACGUUCACGCAGACAGCUAAACAUUUGCGCUGUCAUUUCUACGGCAACGUGAAUGUGGGGAGAGACGUGAGCAUCGAGGAGCUGCAGGGAGCCUACCAUGCUGUCAUUCUGAGCUACGGGGCAGAUGGAAACAGGAGUAUGGGAAUCCCGGGGGAAGACCUAGCAGGCGUUUACUCUGCCAAAGACUUUGUUGGUUGGUACAACGGGCUGCCAAGCUGCCAGGAGCUUAGUCCAGACCUGAGUUGUGAAACGGCAGUCAUUCUGGGACAAGGCAACGUGGCCUUGGACGUAGCAAGAAUCCUACUCUCCCCCAUAGACAUUUUAAAGAAAACCGACAUCACCCAGCCUGCCCUGGAGGCCCUUGCAAAGAGCCAUGUCCGCAGGGUGCUUAUUGUUGGCAGGAGAGGACCCAUGCAGAUCGCUUGCACAAUCAAAGAGCUCAGAGAAAUGGUGAACCUGCCCGGCACCAGGCCUGAGAUGCGAGCGGCUGAUUUCGAGGGUGUCACAGAGGCUGUUAAAGAUUUGCCGAGGCCCAGGAAGCGUCUGACGGAGCUGAUGCUGAAGACGGCGCUGGAGACGCCCGGGGAGAAAGAGCGGGAGAGACGAAACGAGGCAACGCGAACGUGGGGGUUUCGAUUCUUCCGGAGCCCCAGCGAAGUUCUGGCCGACCCCAACCGCGGCAGAGUAGCUGGCAUCCGACUGGCCGUCAACAAGCUGGAGGGUUCAGGUGAAGGAGCCAAGGCCCUGCUUACUGGAGAAGUAGAGGAUGUACCCUGCGGCUUGGUCAUUAGCAGCAUUGGCUACAAAAGCCUCCCCAUUGACCCAACUCUGCCAUUUGACUCUCACAAAGCCAUCAUUCCAAGCAUUAAUGGCCGGGUUCAACAAGCAUCAGGUCUUUAUUGCAGCGGCUGGCUGAAAACAGGCCCGACAGGCGUGAUAGCCACCACCAUGAACAACAGCUUUGAUACUGCACGGUCACUGGUGGAGGACAUGGAAUCGGGAAUGUUGGACCUCUCUGUUGCUAAACAUGGUUCACAGAGUGUCAAUUAUCUGCUGGAAAAGCGAGGAGUGAAACCAGUGACUUUUGCAGACUGGGAGAAGAUAGACAAUGUGGAGAUGAGGAGGGGUGAGGCCAGUGGAAAACCUAGAGAAAAACUACUGACUGUGGAGGAAAUGCUGCAAGUGGCUCAGACAUGACUGAGAAAAGCAAACACAAGACACUGAGUAACUGUUGCAGUAUAAAAACAGCAUUACUGGGGACCUCAUUGUAUAAAGCAGUGGGCACAAAACAGAAAUGGCACCAAGUGCUGAAAGUGUACUUAUUCAUGUUGUAACCAUGGCACAUGUUGGACACUAACAAUGUUUACCAUCUUAAACCUCUUUUGUAGAAAAUAAAGCUUGAUCACAUCC